AUGGGCAAACCCAUAACCCGAUCCCACUCUCUACCCCUCCACAAACCCUCUUCUCCUUCACCAUCCAUCACCACCACCACCUCCUCCUCCUCCAAAAUCUCAUUUCAAUCUAGAAAAAUCAGAAAACUUUCCACCAACAAAACAACCAGCAUCGCCACCUUAACCUCCGAUUCCAUCUCCCCUAUCAAACCUUUAUCUCACAAAGGCGAAAUAGAACUGGCACUUGACCAUUUAACCAAAUCAGAUCCUCUUCUUGCACCUCUAUUAAACAGCCAUGAACCACCAGCACUGAAUCCCUGUACCUCACCGUUUCUUUCUUUAACAAAAUCCAUUCUUUUUCAACAACUAGCAACGAACGCAGCCAAAUCAAUCUACACACGUUUUCUCACUCUCUGUGGUGGAGAAUCUCAAGUAAACCCAGAUAAUGUACUCUCAUUAACUGCCCCAAAACUCAGAGAGAUCGGGGUUUCGGGUCGAAAAGCGAGUUAUUUACAUGACUUAGCAGAGAAAUAUCGAAAUGGGUCUUUAUCUGACACUUCAAUUCUUGAAAUGAAUGAUGAUAUGUUAUUGAAUAGGUUGACUGAAGUUAAGGGAAUUGGGGUUUGGUCUGUGCAUAUGUUUAUGCUUUUUUCAUUGCAUAGACCGGAUAUUUUGCCUGUUGGUGAUCUUGGUGUGAGAAAAGGAGUGCAAAAUUUGUACGGAUUGAAGGAUUUGCCACAGGCAUUGGAGAUGGAGCAGAUUUGUGAGAAAUGGAAGCCUUAUAGGUCAGUUGGGUCUUGGUAUAUGUGGAGGUUAAUGGAAGCUAAGGCUUUGGCGAAUAAAGCAGCUAAAAAAGCAUAG